AUGCCGCCUUCUGCUCCCUCUCCCUCUUCUGCCCCCCCUCCUCCUGUCUCUCCUUCUCCUUCUCCUCCUGUCUCUCCUCCCCCUCGGGCAUCUCCGUCUCCUCCGUCUCCGUCUCCAGCGGCUCGUCUGUACGAGCUGGCGGCGGAGCGUCAUCCGCCGCGUUGCACGGCGAUUGACAGGAGCGAUUCGCGUCCUCCGGACCAGGAAAUUCGGCGGCACGGGAUGUCUCGGCCUCUGCAGGCGUUUCAGAUUCUCUCUUGGGUCUGUUUCGGCGCCGACAUCCUCAUAUUUUACUUGGUGUUGAUCCCGAGCGUGUCUCUCGCCGUCCAGCUCGCCGGCGGCAUCGUGUUUGGGCUCUGCGCCCUCGUCGUCUUUGCCUGCGGGUGGAUUGCAUCGACAACCGACCCCAUCGAUCCGAUUGCCUUCGAGAGCGGACCGUACUCGCCGGCUCCCGCGCCGGAAGUGCACCCUGACAUGCGCGAGUGCGACGUGUGCGGGUACGUGAACGAACGGAGCAAGCACUGCCGCGUGUGCAACAAGUGCGUCGACGGCUUCGACCACCACUGCAUGUGGAUCAACAACUGCGUGGGAGACAAGAACUACAGGCCGUUCUUCGUGCUCCUUGUCGCGACGGCGCUGAUGACCGCCUUCGUGCUCGUCCUCGCCACCUGGUGCGUGGUGGAGGAGGCAGUCUGGACCCGCCCGGGGGAACGGUGGCGCGACGCGUACGGCUGGUACCACCGUGGUGCGUUCUUCGGCCUCCUCGCGAUCCCGAUCGUCCUCAACCUGCCGCUGAUCGCCCUCGUGGGUCAGUUGUUGGCCCUGCACAUCUACCUCGUUCUCCACCACCUCACGACCUUUGAGUACAUCACGCUCCGCGUCCACGAAGAACAAGAAGAACAGGAUCCACAGUCGCCGGGCGGCGAGAAGCAGAAGAAACACCGCAUGUGGGCGGAGUGGAUCGUCAUUGACCGCAAACGCCUCAGGCGCGCGAAGAAGCGCGGCCUCAUGCGAGACCUCAGCGAAGUCAGCCAGUGCACGCCGAUCGCCCCAGUCGAGCGCGUCGCCUCCCGAGAGCUCCGCGACGUCGCGCGAGAAAGCCGCAGUCGUGCCUUGUCUUCGGAAACCCCCAAGGUCUCCGCCAGUGUCUCGGAGGGCCAGGCGCUCCAGCCCGUUGCGCCCUCGCCUGCGCUCCACGACUCGGGCGGUCCGGCGAGCUCUCCAGCGGCGGUGCCGGCUGCGGGACGUAUGGAAGGGGUUCAUGUUUGA